AUGGCCCUCUCAACACACGCAAUGUCGCAUAUCCGCCGCUACUCAACACGCAUGCCACGCGACCCUCACUACCGCCUCAAAGCCUCACUCGCAACCAGCUACGUUGUGACUGCGUGUGCGCUGCCGUUUGUGCCACCGCUGCUUGAGACGAGGAGAGCAAAGGCAGACGGAAGUUGGAUGACAAAAGAGAGUAUGCAUUGUUCGUCGCAGUUUCUAGGUUGUCCAAGGUGA